UCCCUCUAGCUGCCAUCUUUCGUCCCCGCGUGUGCGCGCCUUCUCUCAGCCGGUCUGCCGAGACCCCCUGAGCGCCAACCCUAGUCCCCCGCGCGGCCCCAUUUCCGCUCCAACAACAUGAAAGAAACGAUGAACCAAGAGAAGCUCGCCAAGCUGCAGGCCCAAGUGCGCAUUGGUGGGAAAGGAACUGCUCCCAGAAAGAAGAAGGUGGUUCAUAGGACAGCUACAGCAGAUGAUAAAAAACUUCAGUUCUCCCUGAAGAAGUUAGGAGUAAACAAUAUUUCUGGCAUUGAAGAGGUGAAUAUGUUCACAAACCAAGGAACAGUGAUCCACUUUAACAACCCUAAAGUUCAGGCAUCCCUGGCAGCAAACACUUUCACCAUUACAGGCCAUGCUGAGACAAAGCAACUGACAGAAAUGCUUCCUACCAUCUUAAACCAGCUUGGUGCAGACAGUCUGACUAGUUUAAGGAGACUGGCUGAAGCUCUGCCCAAACAAUCUGUAGAUGGAAAAGCACCACUUGCUACUGGAGAGGAUGAUGAUGAUGAAGUUCCAGAUCUCGUGGAGAAUUUUGAUGAGGCUUCCAAGAAUGAAGCAAACUGAAUUGUGUCAACUUCUGAAGAAAACUUGAAAAAGUUACUGGGAGCUGCUAUUUUAUAUUAUGACUGCUUUUUAAAAUUUUGUUCAAGGAUCUAAUAAGAUCUAGAUCUAAUAUUUUUCAGCUCAAACUCCUUGGACAUUGCAGCUCUUUUCAGUUUUUGCUUAUAUACAACUCAUUCUUUGCAGCUAAUUAAGCUGAAGAAGCCUGGGAAUAAAGUUUGAAACAAAGGAUAAUAAAAUUCUUUGCCUAGUAUAUAGUUUAAUUUUUUAUUUCAUUGGCACUGAUUUGUACACAGAAAGCAAACUUGUUUAUAGAAUGCUAAUCAUGACAUGUAAUAUGGCUGAAAAUCUUUGAUGGAAUUUGAUUAAAGAUUUGAAAUGACAGUAUAAUACAA